UGUACACUCAAUCGUUUGUGCAAUGUAUAACAUUCUUGUGCAGGAUCAAGGAACACUGUGUAGAUUUUGUGUUGAUUGAUUGAUUGAUUGAUUGAUUGAUUGUUUUGAAUUGAGUUAUUCCUGGGAGUCUAAAUUGGACAGUGCCUUCAGAGUUUGACUACUAGCCGAUAAUUCUCCAUGCCAUGCUCAUUUAAUGUCAGCUACAAUGUAUAAAUUAGUUUGAAAAGUACUACUUUCAUGUCAAAUGUGGUGAUCUAUGCAUCAGAAUCAACACCACCUACAAUAUGUUUAGAGAGUCAUUCUCAUGAAGACACCCCGAUAGAAACUUCUAAUGGUUCUCUCUGGUCCAUGGGAUGCUUGCUAUUGAACUUAUAGUCCUGCCGUGAGAAAAGCAGUUCAGGGUAUAUGGUCGGCCAUCACAAUGGAAUGCACCUGUCUACAUGUACAUGUUAUUAGUUAAUUGAUUGAUGUUCCACAGAUCAACCUUCUUCAGGGUUCCUUCUUUGAACUUUGUGAAAGCAACAUACAAACUUACAGUGCAAGAGACUACAAGUUUACCAGCAUUUUACGGACUGUUGGCCCUUGAAGUUUGUACAGAAUACUGUUACAUUUUUUGGAUUAUUGGCGGUGAAUAUUUGUGUCAUGGUUGAGAUUGGAGAUUAUAUGCAACUGGACAAGAUUGAGGAGUUGGUAAACCUUGUCAUUAACCAUAUCGAUCCUGAGAUCCCACACAGACCAGCCCAGGACAGAGUGAAGAUGAACCAGCUUCAGAAUCUUCUUCAUGAUGCGCUGAUCGCUACGGAGCAUGUUGAGAAUUGCGCCAUCAUCAGACGUAGGGAUGUCUCGCUCAGAGCCAGCUCAGCUGGAUUCAGUGUGAAUUCAGACCAAAUCCAACGAUUCAUUGAUGCAUUUAAAGAUCCCUCAGCCACAAGAGAGAAAGGUUUAUACUUCAAUGAUCGGAUGUAUCAGUGUGUACGUGCGGAUAAAAGCUCCAUCUAUGCCAAAGCAGUGACUGAAAAACUAGGAGUUGUUUUAGUGAGAACUGGUACCCUCAUAUUCAUUGGUACAUACAAUGAAAACAUGUAUGCAAGUGUCUGCGUGGAGGCUGUGGAAAAACUGGCAUCUUACUUCAAAGAGAAAGACAAGUGAAGCUCUCUUCUGCAUCUUCAAGAUCAGACAAGAUUGGGUAUAAGGUCUACGAUGAUCUUAAGAUGGCCAGGGCUUCCCAAAGAUGGCGCAAGAAAAGCCAGUCUUCUUGCUAUGUUCUGCCUCGUUUGAUCUUAUGUUUUUAUCUCAAAAUGAGAUGAAAGUUUGUGAGACAAAACACGAGCAAAUGUGACUGAGCUCUCUGACGAUUGUUCGAGAAAACCAGGUCAUCUUGGCAUCUUCUGCCUCCAUGUGUUUCAAGAGAACAUCAGGCAGAUUGAAUCUUUUAUCUCAAGAUUAUCUCAAGAUCUGUUUUAUCUCAAGAUUAGACGACAGUUUGUGAGACAAGACAAAAGAGCACUAUGGCCGAACGAUGGUUCAGGAAAACCAGGUAAUCUUGCCUGAUAUUAAAGACUUUGCCUUGUGUUUUAUCUUGAUGAGAUGAGAUGGCAGUUUGCGAUACAAGACAAGAGCAAGUAUGAGACAGGUGAGGGGAACGUUGGCCUAGCUCCAGGAUGAUGGUGCGAAAAAACCAAGUCUUCUCGCCGAGUUCUGCCUCUUUGCAUUUCAAGAGAACAUCAGGAAAACAUGAUCUUAGUGUUUUAUCUUGAGAUGAGAUGCAAAUGUUUGUGAGACAAGACAAGAAGAACAAGUAUGAGACUGUUGACAGGAAUACUGGGUGAGCUCUCUGAUAAUGGCGAAAGAAGUUUCAAAACCAAGUCAUCUUUGCAUGUUCUGCUUCAUUUUGUUUCGAGAGAACAUCAGGCAGACUUGAUCAUUGUGUUUUAUCUCAAGAUGAGCAAUUCAUCUUGUCGAGUGCAUCAGGAAAACUUAAAGGCACUGGACACUAUUGGUUAUUACUAAAAAAUAAUCGUUAGCAUAAAACCUUACUCGGUAUCGAGCAGUGGAACGCUGUUGAUAGUAUAACACAUUGUGGGAAACGACUAAAGAGUUUUUUGAGAAGUGGCAAUAUCUCACUCAAAUUUUUUAAUUCAGAUAAAAGUAGUUUGGCACUCAAUGAAAAGACUUCAGGCAUGAAGCUAUUUAUUAUGCAUCUGAAAAGCACACAAAUUAAUUAUGCAACAAGGGUGUU